CGCAGAGAGCCCGCGGGGAGCACCUGCUUCUCUCCUGCGCCCCCCAACAAGGAGAUUCAAUACUCACAGUCACUGCAUGCAGGCUGCUCUGCUGUCUGCAAGGGGAUGUCACAGACAGAAGCAGCGGCCGAAGGCUCGAGGCUGCCAAAGGGUGUUCACGACAACAUCAUUUAUAAUGGUGAAAUAAUUGGAGACAACUUAAAUGUCCAUCGCUAGAGCAAGAGACAAAUCACUCGUGGUCCAUGGGAUCCUGGAACCCUCUGCAGCCGCCAAAUCAAGGAGGCGGCUGGAGAAGCCGUGCUGGAGGAGCCGGGCCACGGAGGGACGGCCAGGGCAUGCUGAGAGGGAGAACCAGCGAUGGAAGAAUGUGCACAGAACGAUAGGAGUUCUGUAAAGCAAAGCUGGAUGUGGGGAGAAAGAGAGACUGCAGCAGCAGAGGCUCCGGAGGGUACCUAGACUGUCACGCCCAGGGGGAGGGAGACAGGAUUGCAGGGGAGACUGUCAAUUUUCCUUUUAUACCACUGAUAUUCUCCCGAUCGGAGGUCCUGCUUUUGUGAUUAAAGAAAAUAAUAAUGUCUCGUUCAUUUCCACAAUAGGAGAAUGACACGUGAUUCACAAAUAUGUCUCUCUCCCAUCAAGCCCAUUCCCAGACCUCACUCAUCCCCCAGCGUCUUCAUAACGAUCCUAGGUACCCAGUGCUGCCAGGAGCCAUGGAUGCGAAGCUGGCCCCACGUGGCCCCUGCCCCAGGGAGCUCUCGUCUAACAGGAGUCAGAGCCACAGGCCGUGGUCACAGGCUGUGGUGCCAGGUUCUAGGAUGGGCUGCUGGCACGGGCAGCCGUGCUGGUGGGUUGGUGGAGAGUCAAGGAGGCUUUCCCAGAUGGUGUUUGACCAGAGGCACUGGAAGAGCAGGGGCUGCCCCCAGGCAGGACACAGGCCUUUGGAGGGAAGAACGGGCCACAUAUACAAAGGCCAGCGGCGUGGGGGAAGCGAAGGGGCUGAGGCUGGAGGAACGAGGAAGAUGGGGCUGCAGAGCCGUGUAGGGCUCCACCAGCAAGGCUCGGGAGAGAGUGGGCUGAAGAUGCAGGGGAGGGAGAAGGAGAUGCCCAGGGCCUCCUGCAGCUCGAGGCCUGGAGUCAGCUCCGCAGGCAGGGAGGCGAGCCUGCAGCCCCCCAUGCCCAGGGGUCCCACCGAGCUUGCGGAAGGUCAGGAAGGCCCAGGGAUGAGAGCAUCCACGCCUUCUGGGGUGGCGGUAGAAAGGGGCUUGAGAGCAGGGCUCUGGGCCCAGACUGUGGCACCCAGAGACUGGCUGGGUCUCUCAGAGUGGCCUGGACACUCUGCCGGCUCGGCUUCCUCCCCUGAAAAGUGCGAGUGGCCUGGAGACAGACCUGCGUAUAGGGCCGUUUGUGAGAGCAAAGACAUCGUGAGUCUGAAGCAUUUAGCCUGGCUCUCGUUAGGAAUGCUGGCAGAAGGAGGUGGGCCUCGUCCCGGGGGAUUGGGCAGCCUUUCCCAGGUCCUGGGCAAGAGGUCACUAUUGCUGUCUGUGUCACUCAAAGCCUGCUGAGAGCAGAGACCCCACGGCCCCCGGGGUAACACCAGUGGGUAGUGGAGAAGUGCUACGGCAGAGGGGACCCCAGUGAGAGCUGCCCCAGGAAGACAAGGCCACCGGGGACCUUGGCUCCUGGCUCCUCCCCGGGCCAAGAGCCUGUCAGACUUCGGGGUGCAGCAGAAUCAUAGGGCCCCCAGUGUGUCUGGGCUGGAGCCCAGGAAUCUGCGACUCUAACUAGCCGCCUGCGGGGUCCUGGCCACAUUUGGAGAAACACUGUUCCGUGUCCAGUCCCAGCGUGAUUUGUCACCUGGACCGGUCCAUCCCCACCAUCUCUCCUCCUUGGCCAGGCCUGGUGUCCCCCCUGCAUUCCCAGCUUCUGUUCCCUCUGUUGCCGGCUGCCCCCGGCCUGUGAGGUCACCCUGCCCGCACAACCUCUCGCCCCGACCCUGCUCAGCCUCAGCUCAUCCUUCUAAGGGCCUCAGUCUCUCCAGAGUUUCCAGAUCCCCUUCCGCAUCGCAAGCCUGGAGGAGGCCGCCUUUGGCCAGGGCCCCGCUCAUCUAUGCUGUGGAAGGUGGGAAGUGUCCUCGCUCAGGCCUGCCCCUUUGGCAGGACCUGGGGUGGCCAAGCAGAGCUUUGAAGCAGCUGUGAUGUGACCGCUGCCUUGGCCUGCCUGACACAGCAUCCAGACAGCUCUGGCCGUCCUGGAAUUCUCGUCUGUCCAUCCACCCGGCUGAUUCUGCUUUGGCCCUCUGUCUCCAUCCCCCUCCUUCUGGAUGGUCUGUCUGGUGUCAGAGUCCAGAUUUGUCCCUGAUGAGACCACGGGCGUCUUCCCGAUCUCCACAAAGCCUCCAUAAAGCAAGCCUGCUGCCCAUGUUCAGCUCUCAACCCUAGGAGUCAGGACCUGAACGUGGAGCUUGAUUUUUACAAGGCUCUGAACUGCACAGUGGUUAUAAAAGCGUGAGUUUUGGAAUCAGACACACCCAGGCACCUCCCCGCACCUCAGUUUCCUCAUCUGUAAAAUGGGAAUGGUCACACCAACUCGUCUGGUGUUUCAAGGAUUCUUCUGCAAUCACGUGGAACGCAGUGCAGGGCCUAGAACCCAGUAAGCACUCAAAAGGUACAGUUGUUUAUGAAUCUUGUUUUCUUUUUAAACUAAUAUAUCAUAAAAUUGCAUUGGGGGGGGCAAUACAGUUCUGUGACUUUUGCACAUGUAUAGCUUUGUGUAGCCACCACUGUAAUCAGGAGUGCAGCAUUCCAAACCCCCGAACUCCUUCUGCUGCCCCUUCGCGCUCCCGUCCUCCCCGUCCCUGACCGCUGGCGAUCGCUGAGCUGCUCCACACCCCUACAGUUCUGUCUUUGCCAGGAUGACAGAUACAUGGAAUUCUGUAGCGCGGAAGCUUUGAGACUGGCUUCUUCCUCUCAGCAUAAAGCCUCUGAGGUCCACCCAUGGUGUUGCCGCAUCAAGUCUGUCCUUUCCAUCGCGGAGCAGCCUCCAUUGCACGGAUAGACCAUCACUAGGUUGACCGUUUACUCCCUGAGGACGUUUGAGUGGUUUCGGUUUUGGGCCAUCGUGAAUAGAGCUGCUGUGAACUCUCGCGUAGAGACGUGUGUGUGAACAUAAAUUUUCAUUUCUCCUGAGUCGGUACAGAGGAGUGCGCUUCCUGGAUCUUUGGAUGAGUAUCUCUUUAACGUUUUAAGAAUCUGUCAAACUGUUUUCCAGAGCGGCUGUACCGUUUUGCAUUCCCACCAGCGAUGUUAGGAGUUCUAGACAUUCUGAAUCCUCACCAGAGCUCAAUGUGGUCAGAUUCUCGUGAAUUUCCCCCCAUUUUAAUGGAUGUGUAGUGGAUUCUCGUCGUGGAUUUUUUGCAAAUAGGUUUUUAUUGUGGUAAAAUACACGUAACAUAAAAUUUGCCACAUUAGCCAUUUUUAAGUGUAUAAUUCAACGGCAUUAAGGACAUUCACACUGUUGUGCAACCAUCACCUCUACGCAUUUCCAGAGCUUCUGAAUCAUCCUAGAGAGAAACCCUGUCCCCAAUAUACUGAAACUCCCUCUUCCCACCUCUCCCACCC